AGGCAACCACACUUACACAUGACUGUGUCAAUGACUUGGUCUAUGAUCAGCUGAUUCAUUGCUAAUUCAAACAUGAGUAUUAAAACAUCUAUCGUUAGUGGAGAAGCAGCCGAAACAGACAGUGAAGAUGAUAGCAGCGACAUUACCAACGCAUUUACAAAGAUGGCCGCUAGUAUACCAGGAGAAAUUGUAAAUGGUGAAGAUUCAGAAUCAGACACUGAUUCAACCCCUAACAAAACACCAAAGAUUGUUGAUAAACCAGUUGAGACUUCUGCUAAUCCACUUCCACCUAAAAAGAAGUUUGAUUCUCUUUUACAUAAAAAACUAUGUGAAAACAACACAACAGUCUACAAAAACAUGAACAAUUUCUUCACCAGUCAUGCUAAUGAUGCAAAUUUGUCUUUGAAUCACACUGACAGGCAGUUGAUGAAAUCACAACUCACCCUUCAAGCAGCCCUGAACUCUCUUAGACUAUUACAUACCAACUCAGUAGCAAUCAAAAAUAAGCUGAGAAACAUUGUAGUUGAUGAUAAUUAUUUAGAUAAUUUAGUCAUAACAAAAAAUUGAUAUGAAUAUGCACCAAAAUUUAAUACCAUUACUUCCAUUUUGUUGAA